UUUAUGUAUCCGGUGAUGCUUUUAUUCUUAUUCAUAUUAGCAUUGUUUGCUCAUUUUUCUCAGGGCUGUGUCCUAGUACGUUUGAAUCCAGUGCCAAGCUCAUUGCUCUUUCCUUGUCCACCCAUCUCUCUCUGUGCCUGUGGUGCUUGUGUCUGCGCCGCAGGGGUGGAACCGGCCCAGGUCCAGGAGAGGGUGGAGAACCACCUGAAAAGCCUGCUGAUCAAGCACUUUGACCCCCAGAAGGCCGAUUCCAUCUUCACUGUGGAAGGGGAGACGCCCGCCUGGCUGGAGCAGAUGAUCGCCCACACCACCUGGAGGGAUCUCUUCUACAAGCUGGCGGAGGCUCAUCCGGACUGCCUCAUGCUCAACUUCACUGUCAAGCUGAUCUCGGACGCGGGGUACCAGGGCGAGAUCACCAGCGUGUCCACCGCCUGUCAGCAGCUGGAGGUGUUCUCUCGCGUCCUCCGCACAUCGCUGGCCACCCUCCUGGAUGGAGGAGAGGACAAUCUUGAGAAGAACCUGCCCGAGUUCGCUAAGAUGGUUUGCCAUGGGGAGCACACCUACCUCUUUGCCCAGGCCAUGAUGUCCAUCCUGGCGCAGGAGGAGCAGGGCGGGUCCGCCGUUCGCCGGAUUGCGCAGGAGGUCCAGAAAGCCGCGCACCAAAGGGGCCAUGAUGCCAGUCAGAUCACGCUGGCGCUGGGCACGGCGGCGGCGUACCCCCGGGCCUGCCAGGCCCUCGGUGCUAUGCUGUCCAAGGGAGCCCUCAACCCGGCCGACAUCACUGUGCUCUUCAAGAUGUUUAGCAGCAUGGACCCCCCGCCAGUGGAGCUGAUCCGAGUCCCCGCGUUCCUGGACCUGUUCAUGCAGUCUCUGUUCAAACCCGGGGCCAAGAUCAACCAGGACCACAAGCACAAGUACAUCCAGAUCCUGGCCUACGCGGCAAGCGUGGUGGAAACCUGGAAGAAGAAUAAGCGAGUGAACAUCAACAAGGACGAGCUGAAGUCCACCUCCAAGGCCAUCGAGACUGUACACAACCUCUGCUGCAAUGAGAACAAGGGAGCGACUGAGCUGGUGGCUGAGCUCAGCACGCUGUACCAGUGCAUCCGAUUCCCAGUGGUGGCAAUGGGGGUGUUGAAGUGGGUGGACUGGACAGUUUCGGAACCCCGUUACUUCCAGCUGCAGACAGACCACACACCUGUCCACCUGGCACUGCUGGACGAGAUUAGCACCUGCCAUCAGCUUCUGCACCCCCAGGUCCUGCAGCUGCUGGUCAAGCUGUUUGAGACCGAGCACUCCCAGCUGGACGUCAUGGAGCAGCUGGAGCUGAAGAAGACUCUGCUGGACCGCAUGGUGCACCUGCUGAGCCGAGGCUACGUGCUGCCGGUUGUGGGCUACAUCCGCAAGUGCCUGGAGAAGCUCAACACCGACAUCUCCCUCAUCCGCUACUUUGUCACUGAGGUCCUGGACGUGAUCACUCCCCCCUACACCUCGGAUUUCGUGCAGCUCUUCCUGCCGAUCCUGGAGAACGACAGCAUCGCGGGGACCAUCCGGGCGGAGGGGGAGCAUGACCCCGUGGCUGAGUUCAUCGCGCACUGCAAAUCCAACUUCAUCAUGGUGAACUAAAGUCCUGGGAUCUGUUUUGUGAGCGAUGAGGGAACCAGGGCAGUCCAGAAGGUACCGUUUCGGAUAUCUGAGCCAGCCAGUUGUGGACACUGCCCAAGGGGGGAGCGCACCUGUGAGAGUUGGCCAGCAGUGAGGAACUCCCUCUGAGUGGCAGUAUGGACAUAGUCAGGGAGAGCCCUCCAGAGCCUUGCCCUAUUGAAGCAAACAGCCUUAAUGUAAGCGCAAAAUCUACUGCUGCAGCACAACACUAAGCACAAAAUGUAGCAGGAGGAGAGAGAGAGAGUUUCUUUUUUAUCUUGUGCAGCACGCAGGGUUUUGUCAGAUAUUCAUGCAGAAGACUGAUCUCUAUAUAUAUAUGCCAUCCGUGAAGAAACAGUGUGAAGAUUAUGAUCAUUUUAAUAUGGCAGGGCUCUGUACAAGCAAGGCCACCCCUUUUGAGAGAGAGCGCAAUGGGUAUUCAUAGCUCGGUCAGUUGGUUGUAAUCAGCUGUGCAGCUCUUUUGGCUCACACUUUCAACUUUGAUUAUUUUUUUAUAAAAAUAACUACUAAAAAUAUAAUGUUCAUUACCGAUUCAUGGAAGAAAUGUGGUCCAGGUGUGUAAAAAAAUAAAAAUAAAAAUGCUUUUCUGUUCA